AACUUGCGGGCAUAAUACAUUGUACGAGACGCCGAGUUACGCCAAGUUCCCAUGAGGCGUUACGGACUUAUGGUUGUGGAAGCGUGGUUCGCUGGUCCACCGAAGACUGACCAAGCUUGGCACAGCCCUUCUCCGUCCGGGGUUCGGCACAAUUGGGGCUCGCGGCUCUUCUUCACGCCACCAGAGCAAACAACGCACGGAUUGGAGAGAGCACAUCGAGGCAACCAAUCGACUCCUACAUCGCGUUGAUCUCUACAGCCACCAAUAGCCACAUCACGAGUACUGGUCGGCCCGUGGUCAGUGGCGCUAACCCGCAGCCUACACUACGAGAUCGAAUGACGGGCAAUACAAGUCAUGGAAGUUAACGAGCUCUCGAACGCUGAGAGCGAGUUUCUCGAACCCUAUCUACCAACCCGUCAACAUACCUACGAUGAAAGCGUUGAAGCCGAGACAGCAAGGGUUGAAGGCGAUGAAACCGAUCAUUUCCCGUUCGUCACAUUGACAUACGCGUCGUCGCUCGAUGGCAUGAUUGCACUUGGUCCUGGCUUGAGAACAGCAUUGUCAGGUUCCGAAUCGAAGAGCAUGACUCAUCACCUACGCCAACGACACGACGCCAUCCUUGUAGGUAUUGGAACAGUCCUCGCAGACGAUCCGGGCCUGAACAGUCGACUCCCAAGUGCCCUGUAUAGGCUACAGCCACGACCAGUCAUUGUGGACCCCAGCCGUCGGAUGAACAUUAAAGAUUCCAAGGUCAUUCGCCUAGCAAAGAUGGGCGAAGGUAAGAAACCGCUGCUCAUCCAUGCCGACCUCAAUGGGAAGCAGUACUUCUCCGAAGAGGAGACGUGCGAUCGGCUCCACCUCGCGACACCGAUCUCAGGGGAGUUGCGAGGCCAAGAACGCCCAGAGAUCCCUUGGGAGUAUAUCCUCAAGUCGUUGAAAUUGAGAGGGAUCAACAGCGUCAUGAUCGAGGGCGGUGCGACCGUCAUCUCAACGCUGUUGGCGAAGCCUGAGCUCGUCAACUCGGUGAUAGUCACCAUUGCGCCGCAAUGGCUAGGGAGAGGUGGCGUGGGGAUUGCGCCAGUUUCGACGAACGGCUUGGUGGAGACGGCAUGGCAGCAGUUUGGGGCGGAUGCUGUUGUGUGCGGGAGAUUUUCGGUCGCCAAGCGAACGAUUUGAUCGGUCAGCGUUCUCAUCGGUAUAAGCAGCACUGCAGGCGUUUCUGGAUUAUGAAAGCGUCACGAGCGAUGGCGCUGGCGGGAGGCGAUCGAUGAUAUCCUGUCGUAUACACCUUUUCCCCCAUGCUCUACCGCCUUUGCAAUCAUAUCCGUCUCGCUGAGCUACUUAACGCUUCUCUAAAGUGCUCUCGGUGAUCGAUAUAUGUAUCUGGGAUGAGUGGUUUACCGACUCUGGGGAUCAAUAGCCUUGCCAGACCUUGUGGAGUACAAUACCUAGCACACUUCAGUUCUCGUCCUCCCGACUC